UAUCGUCCACCACCAGUGAACGAUUACUCAGAAAAAGUAAAGUUAAAGCUGAAGCUGUUCAAGUUGUUCAAGCAAAAAUGGCUCUAAAACUCCUGGUUGGCCAAAAGAUUAUGAAUGAAGUUGUCCGUAGCAAGACGAAAUCGGACGGCAAACCUGGCACGGAAUGGAGAAUCCUCAUUGUCGACAAGUUGGCGAUGCGUAUGGUUUCGGCAUGUACCAAAAUGCACGAAAUCAGCGCCGAAGGUGUCACCUUGGUGGAAGACAUCAACAAGAAGCGCGAACCUUUGCCAGCAAUCGAAGCGGUCUAUCUGAUUACGCCCUCGGAGGAUUCGAUUCGUUUGUUGAUGAGGGAUUUUGAGAAUCCCGCCAAACCAACGUACAAGGCGGCUCAUGUGUUCUUUUCCGAAGCUGUGCCCGAAGAAUUGUUCAAUAUACUAGGGAAAGGCACCGUAGUGAAGUUUAUGAAAACGUGCAAAGAGCUGAGCAUUGCAUUUAUUCCGUACGAAGCGCAGGUCUACUCACUCGACUCGCCCGUCACCUUCCAAUGUGCGUACUCGCCCGCACUUGCGUCAGCCCGCAGCGGCAACAUGGAGCGCAUUGCCGAACAAAUUGCCACCCUGUGCGCUACCCUCGGAGAAUAUCCGUCCGUGCGUUAUCGAAGCGAGUGGGACGGUAACGUGGAACUGGCCCAAAUGGUACAGCAAAAGCUGGACGCGUACAAGGCCGACGAACCGACGAUGGGCGAAGGGCCGGAGAAGGCCCGCUCCCAGCUGCUGAUUCUCGAUCGCGGUUUCGAUUGCGUUUCACCGCUGCUCCACGAGCUGACGCUGCAGGCGAUGGCGUACGAUUUGCUGCCGAUCGUGAACGACGUGUACAAGUUCAUACCGUCACCGAACGCGGCCGAGAAGGAGGUGCUGCUGGACGAGAACGACGACUUGUGGGUGGAUUUGCGCCACCAGCAUAUUGCCGUGGUGUCGCAGAGCGUGACACAGUACUUGAAAUCGUUCACCGAGUCGAAGCGGCUGACGCAAAGCGAAAAGCAGUCGAUGAAGGAUCUGUCGCAGAUGAUCAAAAAAAUGCCCCAGUACCAGAAGCAGCUUUCGAAGUACUCGACCCAUCUGCAUCUGGCCGAGGACUGUAUGAAGGCGUACCAGGGGUAUGUGGACAAGCUGUGCCGGGUGGAGCAGGAUUUGGCCAUGGGCACCGACGCCGAGGGUGAGAAGAUUAAGGAUCACAUGCGCAACAUUGUACCGAUACUGUUGGAUCAGAAUGUGUCCAACUACGAUAAGGUGCGCAUUAUCGCACUGUACGUGAUGAUUAAGAACGGCAUCUCGGAGGAGAACCUCACCAAGCUGGUGACCCAUGCCCAGAUCGACCAGAAGGAGCGCGAAAUGAUCAACAACCUGACCCAUCUGGGCAUCAACGUGAUUGCGGAUGGUAACCGCAAGAAACCGUACACCGUGCCGCGGAAGGAACGCAUCAACGAACACACCUAUCAAAUGUCCCGCUGGACCCCAGUGAUCAAGGACAUCAUGGAGGACGCGAUCGACAACAAGCUGGACGAGCGUCACUUCCCCUUCCUUGGGGGCCGGAAGAUGGCCGGUUUCCAUGCACCGACCAGCAGUAGCGCACGUUACGGCCAUUGGCACAAGGAUAAGUCACAGACGGCGGUGAAGAACGUACCUCGGCUGAUUGUGUUCGUCGUCGGUGGAUGCAGCUACUCGGAGAUCCGUUGCGCGUACGAGGUGACCGCGGCCGUCAAGAACUGGGAGGUGUACAUCGGUUCGUCCCACAUCCUCACGCCGGAAACAUUCCUCAGCGACCUCGGUUCGCUGAACAAGGAAUAAAGCGGCAGUUGGCAGCAAAUCAGUGGCAAACCAGCGAUAUACAAUGCUAAUGCACCGUUUACCGUAUUGGCGCUUUCCUUGUGAUCCUCAGACCCCGUGCAGUACACGGUGUAGCAGGAAUAGACGAGCCGUGUUCAAUUUGUUAUCUGUUAAGAAAGCGAAACGUGGCUAAUGAUUGCGCGAAUCUUGUUUCUCAAAUCAUCAACACUCUCACAGACGCUCACUGCAACACACUUAACCGAAAGGGUGUGCGUGUGUGUGUGUGUGUGUGGGGGGGGUAAAUGUGCUUCUGAAAUCUUACAACAUCCAUAAUAAGGUGAAUGGUGUGCCAUACAACCUAAACACACAACGGGGCAUAGCAUGAAAUUGGCGCCCGGUCUGAGGAAUGGAAAACACUUUCUUGUUAGCAUUUUCUCUCUUCAGUUAGAUUACUUAACGGACGACGGACGGUACAUUCCUUUGGAAAGGAAAACGAAUGUGAUUAGUUUUGUGUUGUGGUGUUGUUGCUUUUUUUGUCUAAUUCUUUAUUUAGUGCAUUCGUGCGCGCAGUUGUUGCAUUAUCCUAUUAUUAUUAAUAUUGCUAGAGUAUGGUUAAUAAUCGAUAGCGACAUUUACUCACAAUGUUCUCCACCUGUUAAUAGAGUUAUGUAUCCGAGCGUGUACAUGAGUUUUAAAUCAUUUGUUUUAAUUUAUGUUUUUAACGACCGUUUGGGGGUGGGGCCAGUGCACGGUACACACCGAGGAAGCUUCUUAGCAAAUUACAUCGAACACAAAGGAUAGCUUGUUUUGUUUUUUGUUUAGCUUUUUCUCUUUAACGCUUCCCUAACGCAGCUGUACAGCAGUUAAUGGAGCAGUUCAUUGCAAUGCUUUUGUCGAACUCAAAGUAUUAAAAAAGGAAGGGGAAACUAUCAAAAGCAAUGUGUGGUCAGGAAUCGGCGAACAAAGAUAUUUAAGUGAAAGCAUGAUAAAAAAAUGCACUGAACAAGUUCAGCUCUUGGAUUAGGCAUACCAUAGCUUGGGCAAAUUCAUUCAACACACCCAUAUGGUCACCACCUUAGCGUAAAUACACACCAGACAAAUAACCAAAACACUCAGAAACAGAUAGAUAAAGAUAAAGACAUGAUGAUGAACAAAAACAAACAAAAAAACGCAAAGAAAUCGUAUAUCAUAGCGUAAGAAUGGUGGUUACUCUAAAUUAUUGCUUAGUUUUUAGUUAUUCCAAAUCAGGCGAUUCGAUCUGUUCUCCAGCCAUGCUUCUGGAAUGCGUUGGUUAGGUUGGAAAGAUAUAUGUAACCAAAGAGUAAUCACACCAACAUUGAGGUUCGAUUGGAAAAAAAACAAGUGUGUGUCAAGGUGUGUGAGUGUGUGAUAAAACACAUCUUUAGCCACAUUAUACGCGUGUAUUGCUUGUUUUUCCUCCUCCACAAAAAAACACCGUUUCUGCUUGAAGAGUGUGUUCUAAACGAGUAUUAAAUGAUAAGAACGUUGUAUAAAAAAAAAUGAAUGAGCUGUUGAAGUACGUCAACAGUGAGCAAAACGUAAACCAAACACACGUUUAAACAUACAUUACCACCCUAUAUUUACUCCACCCCACCUUCACCUGUAUCGCACCGGUGCGGCCAGUGUUGCGUGCGCUGCAAAACGAUUAGAAAGAUCGGUCCGGAUACCGGAAGCCCGGCAUCGCACCAAAUUUCCCCGAUGGGGGGGAACAGGCGGAAAAGGGUAGAGAAUAGAGCAGAAGGAAACAACAAAUACACACACAAUAAAACAACAACACUCUUUACAAAUAAUGUUCUGCUUGCUGGCCGCGAAGAGAGAGGGCAUGAAGCAAAGCAAAUGAGAGCAAUCCUGUACACAACACAACACACUUCUAUAUCUCUAUAUCUUCGAGCGUUCAAUUAUUAAACUCUAAUAGCAUAUUUAAUAUAGUAUCCCCUUGUGCAUUUUAGAAGGAUCAACGUUAAGAAAGAAACCGACCGACAGCAACCACCAUUCAUUCCGUGGACAAUAUGCGUAAAGUGGUAGUGUGUGUGUGCCCCAGGUACGAUCAAAUGGAGCAAACCUUUAAAAAAAAUAUCCAAAACGACAAAGUCGAGUCGCGAGAGUCCAGUAAAUGCUGGUAAAAAACAAAAGGAAAAACGAACUCCCCGGACAGUUAAAAAAUAACUCAUAACCACCCCCCACCAAUUAGGCAACCUUUUUCCUUGGCGGUGCUGUAUCACAUUCACCGCACAAUUACAGUAGAAGAAGUGUGCAAUAGGAUGGUAUGGUGGUUUCUUUCACGUUGAUUCUUCGAGUAAAAAGAAAUCAAAGCCAAGCACGGUCAGAACCGCUAGUAGUGUGGUCAGAAGGGAAGGCUAGACGAGAAGAACGAACGGCGGCGGUGGUUCAGGAUCGAGAUGAAAGGAACGCGCAUUGGCUUGUACACUUUAGUUGUAUUUUGGCUUCCUACAGAGUUUCCUCCAGUUUCAUAGCAUAGACAAUUACAUUUAAUAAAUACUUAUCCAAAACGA